ACAACUCACUUUAAUGAUACUCGGAUAUAUGGUACGUCUUAUACAAGGUUAAAAUAUAUACGUAUACACGUGUACACAUAGAACCUUUCAUUUUAACGUUAUGUUAUUGCACUAUGAAUAUUAUUUUUUCUGGUGUAGGAAUAAUGACAAUUUUUUGUUACACACGCACUAGACCUUUUUGUGUUGGAUAUGUGGUAUCAUUUUCGGGGUACUCCCACUCAAGAAAACCAUAGCUCGUAUCAUAUAGCAACAAAUUGUUAAAGUAUUUUUCAAUAUUUAACUACUUGAAAAAUAAAUUCAAUUUUAAAGUAUGAAAAAAAAAACGAAUUUUUGUAUCAUGUACAAAAGAAGUAUACGCAUGUAUAGGUCUUUUGCAUUGAUCACAUUUGUCACGAGAGAUUUACAAAAUAAAUGUCAAGGAAAACUCCAUUUCUUUUUUAUUCGGAAAUCUAUUAAACUUAAAAAAAAUAUAAAUGUAUUCAUUUCAGUAUAUAAAGAUAAAUGUAAAUCCUUAACAUCGAUCGAUCCUUGAGAUAUUAUUCUGAAUUUCGUUUAUAAAGAAUGUUUUAUUAUUUAAUUAUUUUUGCAUUAGAAUUUUUUCUUAUGUAUUCGGUAAAGUGAACUCGAAGUAAAUAAUAAGAUACAAUUAAUGAUCAAAUUAUGCAAGGUGCGUAAGCAUAUACUAGAAAACUUGUGCUUUAUGCGAUGCGUCAUUAUGAAUAAAGAGGGGGAAGAUUCAUCAUUAAAUCAUCUUAUACCGAAAAUGUCGAUCAGUACAUAAUGGGCACAAUAAGUACAACAUGAGCGGCGUUAAGAAAAAAAUUAAUCAUUUAGCGGUGUUUAAACAACGCACAAAAAAUGACGAUAAUGCCGAAUUGUCGGAGGUUAACAUUAUAUCGGCAAGAAACAGCGGAAAUCUAAAUCUCUCGUCGAGAGGGCUAUACACGGUUCCUGAUAGAGUAUGGUAUAUAAAUGCAUUAACAGAGGAAGAGCUAAAAGAGUUGCACUUUGAAUUUGAUUAUGUACAUAAAAAUGAACGAUGGUGGGAACAAGAACCACUUAAAAUAUUAGAUUUAAGUUGUAAUAGCUUAACUACAAUAUCUUCAAAAAUAGAAUAUUUAUCAGAAUUGACAACAUUGCUUUUGCACAACAACUUAUUAGAAGAUCUACCACCUGAAAUUAGGAAUUUGAGCAUAUUAAAAAUACUAAAUCUAUCGAAUAAUAAGUUACUAAAAUUACCUGACCAGUUUUAUAAACUAAAUGAGCUACAAGAAUUAUGCUUAAAGAACAAUAGUUUAAUGGAACUUGAUUCAGCAAUUGGGGAUUUAAUAAUGUUAUCUCAUUUGGAUUUAUCUUACAAUAAUUUAUCAAGUCUGCCAGUGGGAAUGGGAUAUCUAGUAAGAUUGAAGUCCUUGGAUGUAAGCCAUAAUAUGCUAAAAGAGUUACCACCUGAUUUAACAAAUAUGAGGGCAUUGCAAAAGCUUGAUGCAAGUUAUAAUCAGUUGGAAAUAUUACCACCUCUGGGUGAAUUAAGGAAGGUAGAAACAGUGAUGUUGCAAACAAACAAAUUAACAAUAUUUCCCAAUGUGUCUGGUUGUACACUUCUCAGAGUACUACACUUGGCUGAUAAUAACAUUGUAGAGAUUGAUAUGUUAUGUCUGGAAGGUGUAGGAAAAUUAAAAAUAUUGACCUUAGGAAAUAAUAAAGUUGAUACGAUACCUGAAGAAAUAAUAAAGUUGAUAAAUCUGGAAAUUUUAGAUUUAUCAAACAAUAACAUUACCAUAGUGCCAAGUAUAAUUGGUGUAAUGCCAAAUUUAAAGCAAUUUGUGAUUGAUGGAAAUGAUGUACAAAAUAUAAGAACCGAUAUAAUACGAUGCGGUACAUCUCGCAUUUUAAAGUACAUACGACAAACUGUUAAUAGUACAAAUUUAAAUACAAAAGAAUAUGCAGUAACAGAUGUUAAUACAAGUAUAUAUCCAGAUAAAUAUACAAUGCAAAGUACAAAAUUACUUAGUUUGGCUGGACAAAACCUCACUGAGUUGUCACAAGAAGUAUUGGAAAAUGCAUGUAAAGCUGAUGUAAGCACAGUGGACUUAAGCAGAAAUAAGUUGUCUGAAUUACCUGAUCAGUUAUCUAUAAUUGAAAGAGUUGAUGAUUUAAAAUUAACAUCUAAUCAAUUAAACAGUAUACCAGAAUGGAUCGGUGAAAAAUAUAAGUAUUUACAAACAUUGGAUUUAAGUAAAAAUUUAUUAGAAUCCCUUCCUUCCAACCUUGGCUUAUUGAAAUAUUUACGAGAAAUUAAUAUUUCAUUUAACAGGUACAAAGAAAUACCCCAAUCCAUUUAUGCGAUUGAGCCAUUAGAAAUAUUUAUAGCAAAUGACAAUCUAAUAACUGAUAUUGAUGUGUCGUCUCUGACAAAGUUACGAAAACUUGCUAUAUUGAAUUUAGCUAAUAAUAAUAUUGGAUAUGUACCACCAGAACUUGGAAAUAUAAAGAAUCUAAGAACUUUAUCUUUAUCAGGGAAUUGCUUUAAACAACCACGACAAGCAAUUUUGGCCAAGUCUACAGAAGAGAUACUUGCUUAUCUCAGAGAUAGAAUACCUCAGUGAAAUACAAUAAUAAAAAUGCUAUUUAAUAAUUGUUGAUUCUAGAACACUGUAUGAAAGAUGACAGAUUAAUUAAAAUAUGCGUUGAAAAAUUUGCACA